GGACAAAUGGCAUUCAAAUUGUACAAUUGGUCUGUGUGUUAGAAGUUAUGGGGAACAUUGUUUUUUGAUGAGUCAGAAAAUGGAAGCCCCUUUGCACAAUAGCAGGACUUAAGCUCUCUUUUGAAACAUGCUGCUGAGCUGGCAGUCAUGCUGCACAUUCUGCAGUAACAGCGGCUAUAUAAACCCCCGACAGCGGACCGAUCCCCAAUGUUGAUUACGCUAAAUCUCUCCCGCAUCAGCAUUUGGAGAGGGCAGACAGGUGGCCAUCAUGAAUCAGCGAGAGCAGAUGGAUCAGAGGAGGGGGCAGUGGAGGAUCACAGUGUGGGAAGAAGAGAACUUCCAAGGCAAGCGCUGUGAGUUUAUGAUGGAGUGUCCGAACAUUUUGGACAGGGAUUUCCAAAAGAUCCGCUCUAUCAAGGUGGACAACGGCCCCUGGGUGGCUUAUGAGUACCCAGAGUUUCAGGGUCAGCAGUUCAUCUUGGAGAAGGGAGAUUACCCCUGCUACCAGGCCUGGAGUGGAAACAGCAGCUACCGCACUGAGCACCUGCUUUCCUUUAGACCCAUCAAAUGUGCCAACCACAGUGACAGUAAAAUUACCCUGUACGAGUGUCAGGACAUGAUGGGACGUAAGUUCGAGAUGUGCGAUGACUACCCCUCUCUUCAAGCCAUGGGUUGGUGCAGUAAGGAGGUUCCUUCUAUUAAAGUCAACUCUGGAGCCUGGGUGGGCUACCAGUUUCCAGGUUACCGUGGAUACCAGUAUAUCUUUGAGAGAGACAGACGUCAGGGAGAAUUCAGGAACUAUAAUGAGUUCGGCACCCAGGCCCACAGCAAUCAGAUCCAAUCCAUCCGACGAAUUCAGCACUAAGCUCGCCCUCACUGUUAUCCUAUUGGCUACGGUUUAUCAAGCGACAGAAUGAGAUUACAUGAACCAAAGUAGGCAAUAAACGUUUUUAAUACUCCAGAAAAUGAGUGUGCUUGUCGCCAUUCCUUUGAUUUACCAAGUCUACCCCCAGGAAAUUUAACGUUAGAUCGUUAAAGACUAGA